AUGGGCGCGGUCUGCGCAACUGAGCCGGUGGCCCUUCCAUUGGCCCUGGCACUGCAGGAAGAUGAUUUGUCUGAGCGUCUCGAAGCUUUGAACUUGGCUGAAUGCCUGGAGCAGGAGGCCGCCCGACGGGCCCGCUUGCAGGCAGCAGCGUUCCACGCGUUGCUCGCGCUGCCGGAGCUCGCGCGCGGUCUCUGUGUGCUCUGGGGCUUAAAGACCUCCCGGUGCUUUGCUGCUGUGGCGAAGAACGGUGGCAAAAGUGUGAGGGGACUGCUUCCCAAUUUGCACGAAGAGGCUGUUCCACAGUUCUAUGUGAUGGGAGGAUGCUUGGCAACAACUGAACUUGCAAGCGCCCAGCAUUACAAUCCGGAGACCAAUUCCUGGAAGUUGCUGCCUCCUAUGCCAACGGAACGUCGAUGGUGCGCUGGUGCUGCAUUAAAGGGGUGGCUGUACGUGAUCGGCGGGCAACAGGAAGGCCAUAUCCUUCCAACCGCUGAGCGCUUUGAUGUUGAGACCGGGCGGUGGGAAGCCUUGCCAGACAUGCCAACAUGUCGAGAGGCCUGUGCCGUUGCAAGUUGCGCAUCCUACCUGUACGUGCUGGGCGGGUGUCAGCAUGACGUUCCUUUGUCUGUGGCAGAGCGCCUCCAUGUUGAGGAUUUAUGCUGGGAAAGCCUCACUGAGAUGCCUUGUAGCCGGGAUGCCUGUGCAGCGACCGCUUUGCAAGGCCGCGUCUACGUGGCCGGUGGCCGUAGCAGCGGUCACUUCCUGGCCUCGGCCGACGUCCUCGAGGGCGGAGCGACGGCGACGGUCCGUUGGUCGCGGCUGCCUCCCAUGCCCACGGCGCGCUUGGGAUGCUUUGCCGCCGCCGCCCGGUCCUCCGUGUACGUGGCCGGAGGCCAUGCAGGGCGCGGUCGUGCGCUGGCCAUCAUCGAACGCUUUGACGUGGCGGAAUACUUCUGGGAGCUCUUGACGAAUAUGCCGUCUGCACGAUUGGGAGCUGUAAGUCUUUGUUGGCAACCCUCCCAGCUCCGUGGCCGAGACCUGCAUUUAUACAUCUUCGGCGGCCACAACGGGCAAGGAGCUGUUGACUUGGCAGAGCGGCUUGAGCUGGAGAGCGACGGCAUCUCGAACCCCAGGUGGGAAAGAUUGCCUUCCAUGAUUACACCUUGCUAUUCAUCUGCAGGAGCGGUCUUGGCUUGGUAA